GAUGGAAAUACAAACGCUGGACAAAGUACACAAGCUCGAAGUAACGUAGAUACUCAUCCUACGACGGCGACACAAACCAGAAGUACAUCGCGUCAACAAGCGCAUUCUUUAAGUCUUGGAAUGAAUUUUCACCAAGGACUUGAAUUUGAUCCUUUCCUUCCUUGUAAUUCUCACCACGUUCGGCGAUUACCACCAGCAACAUCCCAUGCUACCACCUCUACAUCACAAAGAGUUCGACCUAGUCAAGCAUCAGCAACUGAAAGUCAGCCUCAGGCGCAAACAGCAACAACUUCGGCAACCUCAACUAGUAAUACUAAUUCUAUAAAUACUACGGCUUCAUCAUCACAAACAAGUCCUUUUUUGAGGACAUUGCAACAGACGCUAGGACAUGUUAUAGAAGGUCGACCGCAAACCACUUUUGGUACCAACAGUAACAUUGAUGCUCUUGAUCUUGUGAGGCAGAUGAUUUUGUUUACAGGUCCGAAUAAUGACCUGGCAACGGCAGCGGGGAGGGACCGCGAUUUAAAUAUUGAAGACGUAAUAUUACACUUUUCUCUAGCAGAGCUUUUGGAACCUUUAAUGUCAGCCUAUUCACAGGAUCCAAUGAACGAAGGAGUUUUUCUUCUCAACUUAACUAAAUGUGUGUUUCAAGACAUAACGCUUCUUCACUUGCAUCAUGGACAAUGGAAACCAUUUUCUCGCCGAAGAGUGCCGCUAAUGAUAUUUCUGGAAAAUACUUUUCCAGAUUCUUCUGCGGAAGACCUUCCAGAGCAAAUUAUAAACCGUGCAUUGUCAGAAAUAAGACCAAAAUUGCAGAGUUUGUUCGCAACAGCAGAAGUUAAUAAUGGUGAAAAUGGUUUGCGCAUAGAUAUUUGUGCAACUAUAGAAGCGUUGCUUCAACACAAUAUCAGACAUAUUGUACAAUUACUGUUUAAUAAUGAUAUCAGCGAUAUUACAUUCGCGCAAGAAACGUUCAAUAUUUUACAAAAUUUAAAAAAGCAAUUACUACCAGUUCUCCAAUAUUCUAUACAAGGUGGUUUGUCAGAAUUUGUGUCUAUGCUUGCACGGUUUGGGGCUGAAAGAGUGGAGUGUCCUGAGCCUCUUAUAAGAUCAUGGGCUGAGGAAUUCUUUGUUUCUGCUUAUCAUAACGCGACACAACCACCCGAUUCAGAAAUUCUGCCACUUUUAAUAUAUAAAGAUGUGCCUCGUUCUGAACCGUCAGAAGUGUCCUCAGAUUCAACGCAGCGCCCAAGUCAAGCACAGUCUAAAGUAGAGCCUACGAAGACCGAAGCCGUAGAAGAAAAAGCAAAUUUAGAAAAUUCAUUACCAGAUAAUAUUGAGGAAAUCCCAGAGACGUUUCCGGGACAUGAAGCGCUACCUUCAGAUUGGGUACCAAUAAUUGCUCGAGAUGUCGUGAGAUCACGUGGUCAGUUACUAACACAAGGAAUGACAAAUGGAAGUGUAACCACAUUCAGUGAUGCCUAUUUAGGUAUACUGCCCACUAAACGUCGUAAACUAAUUGAGCAACAAAAACCACGGUUAUUAGUCAGUACUACACCUAAUCAUUCAGCAAUAUCAGCGUCUCUGGAACGCUUAGUCAGAGAAAGUGUGAACCGUGCUGGCGUAGAGGAAGUUGAUGGUGCUGCAGUUGCUGUUGCCAAUGAUCCUGGCGUUAGACGUGCAUUCGGUCAAGCAAUCAGAGAUUGUUUGAAUCCAUGCAGAUGCGAAACGGCAGAUUUUCCAGAUCCUUUACGUUUCCCUAAUGCUACUAAAUAUUUUGUGAACCAAGAUAGGGUACCUAAAUAAUCAUCCAUUCUAAGAGAAAAUCAAUUUAUAUUAACUUAGAGUAAUUAUGAAGGCAACACACGUAGUUCUAAGGAAGAAAAAUGAAAUAUUGUACUUAACCCCUUAACCGUGGAGUUUUUUUGAACAUGUCAACACUGCUACCGAGAUUUUUUGCAAUUUAACGCACUUUAAUUUACUCUUUUUUCAAAAGUAGAUGUUUAUAUUUUAUAAAUAUAAUGAAAAAGGAAAUAAUAAACAAAUUUUUACAUAGAAAUUUUUGCAAACGCACCACAUGAUAACUAUCGCUGUUACGGGGUUAACUGAGACCAAUAAAGAUACAAGAUAUAUUCAUAACUUGUAAUUACGAUAUUGUUUACAGUUUUAACUGCAUUCAUUGUUUUGUGGAAUAUAAUAAUUUUGAUAAUUCCACUACUUCUAGAAUGAAGAAUUUCACACACGAAAAUAUAAUAUAAUCUAUCUGCUCGGUUUAAUUAACAUAACUUGUACGCUUGUGAAAGACGUGUAAUUUUUCAGUGUAUAAAUAAGUUAAUUAAUACUA